CUGUCAAACCAGAAUAUGUUUACAAACAUUCGGGAGCGGAACAGGAAACCGCCUUUUUUUGCCGGAAAAUGUCCUCUCGAUCGCUGAAAGAUUGGGAAAAUAUUGCCAAGAGUCUCAACGAAGGAAAUGGGGAAGAGGCCGAGGAGGAGAUGGACACCCUGGAGGCUCUGCAGGAGAAGAUGGCCAAAGUGCCGCGCGGUAUGUUUGUGAGUGGCUGGGAUGAUCCAGACGAGCUGAUCGAAGAGGAUAAAGAUCCAAAAGCCAGCCUUGAGCGACACGCACUGUGGGCCGCCGGAGAGAACAAGCUGGAUGUGGUUGCUGCGAUCGUUAGCCGUAAACCGGCCGUCGUACAUGCGAUCGAUCGCGACGGUUACACCGUAUUGCACAAGGCCAGCUACAACGCCAAUCUACCGAUGGUCCGAUUGGCAUUGAAGUACGGAGCGGAUGUACAUGCGCGCACGAAUAUGGGUUGGACGGCGUUGCAUUCGGCCUGCAAGUGGAACAAUGCUGGCCCUGUGGCACUUUUGUUACAGUUUGGUGCGGACGUGAAUGCGGGCUCGGAUGGGGAUCAGACACCGUUGCAUAUUGCGGUGACCGUUUCCAGCUGCCGAGAAACGCUAGUGACGUUACUGAUGAACGAGGCGUGUGAUCCAGAGCGUCGCAACAAUUCGAACGAAAGGGCCGAGGAGAUAGCCAAACGAAGUGGGCCCUCGUUUCCGCUCUUUGCGAUGGCACACUCGGCCUAUCGGGUCGAGACGGGUAUGAUUGAUUAGGUUACGGGGGGUGGUUUAACAAUGAAAUAAUGAUAGUGAAGUAGAUGGUCAAGUGUCCAGAAGCAGAUUAGCAGAUAAGAAAGCCUCUCAUGCGAGUCAGGUGAAAUCCACAAUAAUUUCUUCAAUUCGGAUUCUCUAUUACAACAGAUACACAGUAUCCAUGCAAUGGAAAGAUGAACGCGUUUAUCUAGUUGCUUGACUGUUUAUUAGAAAACGACCCGAACAACGUGAUGCUAGUGAUUAAUACCGAGUUAGGCACCCGGAGUACCAGGGGAGAGUACGAAAAAUAAAGAAUUGCGUAUCGCAGGCGAAC